CGCAGACCUCAGCGGUGCUGUUUCGUCAUCGCAUAAGUUGUUCUGCACAUCGUAGCGACAGCGUGCACAAGCCGAGCAUCGAUUCUCGCGCAACAGUUCGCCAGCACUCAAAUGCAGACUCUCCUCCUCGCGCUGUGUGCGGUCGCACACGCCGCGCCCACUGCAGACCUAGUCACCUCACUGCCUGGCUGGGCCGGCGCGCUCAAGUCCCCGAUGUACAGCGGCUACGUGGACGUCGAAGGAAUGAAGGUCCACUACCUCUUCGUCGAGUGCGAGAGCAAGGCGCCGCAGGACGCGCCGGUUCUCGUCUGGUCCAACGGCGGCCCUGGAGCGUCAUCUAUGUUUGGGUUGUUUGUCGAGCUCGGCCCGUACAUCAUGAACCAAAACUCUCUAGAAGCCCAAGGCCCGCCGACGCUCUUCGACAACCCUUAUGCAUGGACGAAGUCCGGCUCCGUGCUGAUGUUCGACUGGCCGCCUCCAGUUGGUUUCUCGUACUGCGACGACGACCCGACGGGCAAGGGCACGUCCUGCGGCGACUGGGACGACGACCGCUUCUCUACCGUAGCAUAUGGCGCCCUGGCGGCAUGGUACGGGAAGUUUCCCGAGUUCGGCACUAAUGACCUCUACCUGACGGGCGAGAGCUACGCGGGCAUCUACAUCCCGCGCCUCGCGAAGUCGAUCCUGGAAGGCGGCGACGCCUCAUUAAAGGCGCGUUUGCGAGGUUUUGCCGUCGGUGAUGCGUGCGCCGGGAACAAAGUGAAUUGUGGUGGUGAGUCGCCAUGGUUCAAUUUGUUAUUCCUCUAUGGUCACGGGCAGCUCUCGACGAAGCUCUUCGACAAGGUCACUUCUACUUGUGGCCAGAAGUACCUCAAGCAGGGCGGCACGGCACCGCCGGGCUGUCGCGCGGUGCUGGAGCGCAUGAACACCGCCGCGGCGGGUUACUUCGAGUACAACCUCUACGACGAGUGCACGUACGACGACCUACUAAGCAAUGGCGCCGUCAACGACUAUGUCUGUGGCGGCGGCUCCGCGCUCAACAAGUGGAUUCUGCGGGACGAUGUGAGAGAAGCGUUACACGUCCCGACCGACAGUUUAUUUUUUGAUGGAGAUAACGGCGAAGGCAUGACGUAUAAGCAGACGGAACCGGACCUCAUGCCCUUCUACCGCAAGGUGGCCCAGAAGACGGACCUGAGGGUACUCGUGUACAACGGCGACGCCGAUCCCUCCAUCAAUUCAUUUGUGGCCGAGAACUGGACCGUGGCUCUAGGGUAUGAUGAAGUGGAACCGUGGCGCGCCUGGACCCUGGACGGGUGCCGGAAGGUCGGAGGGUAUGUGACGCGCUACAGGCAGAACUUCGACUACCUCACGAUCCGGGGGUCGGGCCACAUGGUCCCGCAGUUCAAGCCGGCCGCGGCGGCGGCGUUCCUGGAGAACUGGUUGACUGGAGAGGACUAUCCGGUUUAUGUGGCGAACUGCUCUUCGCCUGUGUAAGUGUGUACAUACG